GCGCUGGGUAGUGUGCGUCCGGAUAUCAUGGGCAGCGGAACUAAGCUCCCAGUGUGGAUCUGUAUGGUCUGGCUGAUCGCGGGUCUGGCGUCUGGAGACGAGGAAGUGCUUCGAUGCUACGAGUGCAACAACACGGACACAUCGUGCGGCUCUCCAGGAAAUUCCCUAGGAAACGUGCGAGAAUGUCCCAACUCAACGAUGUGCUCGACCAUUGUGAUGACCCAUUCCUUGGGACAGGGAAAGGAGUGGACCAGGACGAAGAGAGGCUGCAGCGAACAGGUUGUAAUCUACCAAGUUUAUGUCAACAAGGAUUGGGUCAAGAAGUAUAGAAUAAAUGAAUUGAAGGAGGGUUGUACGAAGGCGGAUAGAUCAGUACAGUGCAAUUGCCAUGGAUCCCUGUGCAAUUCCGGGAUUCGAGGACUCAGCAAAUCCCCAACGCUGCUGAUCUUAUUGGCCAUCGUCUGUACGAAAGUCAUUCUUCCCGUCUAGUCGACGACACUUUUCGGGGUGUGUUCCCAGUUGCCGCAACAACUUAAUGCUUCCUGGAACUCUCUAGGCCGUAAAAAUAGUUUUAAGCAGAUUAAUGAUUUAUGUGCGACACUUUUCAAAGGUGAAACCUUGUCAAUAAAGUCACUGAUACCAAGCAAA